AUGAGUGACAAGCAGUUAUAACGAGAGUGGUGUCAAAAGUAUUGCAUGUAUGUUUCCUGUUACUUAACAAUGGUUGAACAAAAAAAAAUUGAGGAAGUUUAGUGUAAAAACUGAAAGUUGGCUAAUUACUUGAGACAAAGCUAGCACAUAGCGUUCUGAGAACCAUAUGUUUCUUCUUUUACCUUUAUUUAACUAGGCAAGUCAGUUAAGAACAAUUUAUUAUUUUCAAUGACAGCCUAGGUUAACUACCCUUGUUUAGGGGCAGAAUGACAGAUUUGACCUUGACAGCAUGGGGAUUUGAUCUUGCAACCUUUCGGUUACUAGUCCAAUGCUCUAACCACUAGGCUACCCUGCCGCCCCUUCUUAGAGCUUGGUGAGAGUGUGGUUGUCCUAUGGUUAUUUUGAACACAACCUUCCCACAACAUUCUGGGAAUGUUGGCACAUUACGUUUUGAGAACCGUAUUUUUCUUAGGUGGAAAUUUCAGUACUUCAGCAUGUUUUCUGCAGGUUUUCCUCAUGGUUCUAUUUAACGUCAUGUUCUCAGAACAUUAAGAUAACUUUCCAUAAAAACCACAAUACAUUUUUUGAUUUGGGCCUGUUUGUACAUCCUGUUGGCGCAGUGGACUAAUCCAUGAAUAGAUAACAGAAGAUCAUAGGUUUGAAUCUCACUGAUGCCUUGCCACAACAAUAAUAAAUACCUAAACAAAUGAAUUUCCAUGGGUUCAAAACAGUUAACCCAAACUAAGCCAACAGUGUUAUUGAAACAUGUUCUCAGAAUGUUAUUUAAUUACCUUCAAAUAGCCUAUCAUUUUUGAUCUCAGAAUGUUAAUAAAAUGUCCCAGGAAAACUUUCAGGGUUCCAUGAUGAAAAGACUUUAAUGACAAAUGUAGUCGAUAUCUUCUUUGAAUCUCUUGUCUGGAUGAAAUUCUUCCACUAUGCAACCCAUAAAUUCUGACUUAGGUAUAAUACAACAUGCUAAUUAUUUGGCUCUUCUGGUUGCUGUAAGGAAUGACUACCUUUCACAUUGUCCUAAUUGUGAUCAUCCUUCUCAAAGUUAAUGGUUUUAUCUUGUUUGGGUUUUAAUUUAGUUUUGUGCAGAUGGCAGACACAAACCCCAAUGUUAACUAUAGGAGAGAUCUAAACAGGUGCAUCUAGUUUCACUAUUGUAUACUCUCUUUUGUCUUGAUGGCAAAGAAAGUCAUACUCUUGACAGAAAUAUAGUUAUUUACAAAAUGGGUUGUUCAAGCCCUGAAUGCUGAUUGGCUGACAGCCGUGGUGUAUCAGACCGUAUACCACGGGUAUGAUAAAACAUGUAUUUUUACUGCUCUAAUUACGUUGGUAACCAGUUUAUAAUAGCAAUAAGGCACCUCAGGUGUUUGUGAUAUAUGGCCAAUAUACCACAGCUAAGGGGGCUGUGUCCAGGCACUCCGCGUUGCUUCUGCGUAAGAACAGCCCUUAACCGUGGCAUAUUGGCCAUAUACCACAUCCCCUUGGUCCUUAUUGCUUAAUUAUACCAUAACGAGAACAUUUGUCACAAGUAUUUGUCUAUUCUGUUGUCCCGUCCCUCAUCAGGCUGUCUGUCGUGUAUGGAUGGACCAGGACCCUGUGGUGACCAGCACACUGGCCCAGAAAGUCUCCAUGGGAUGCCGUGUCCUGUCGGACAGCGGGGAGCUGAUCACUGGCUGCAGGGCAGAGUGGUACAUCAACACGGCCACACAUAGCCAGAGGAAGGUGUGGAGGGAGAUGGGUGACUUUCCCCGAUUCAAGGGGAGGUUUCAAAAAACCUACGACCUGAACACAACAGAUACAAGCAUCCUGAGGAUCUGGUUAGAGCUGCAUGACAUAGGCUACUACUUCUGUACUCUGCAGUGCUGCAUCAAUGGGAAGGACAAGCAGUACCAUGGCAAUGGGACAAGACUCCUCAUCAGCGAGGCUACACACACACCUUAUGGGUUAAUAUUUACCUCAGUUAUCCCAGGUAACACAACAAAGAAAAUGCACAUAUUAGGUUAAAAAAAUAUCACAUUUAUUCCCUUGCUAUUGUAUUGCUCAAAAAUGAAUCAAGUUAUCAUACAGAUGACAGUUGUGCUUCCCUUUGUAGUUAAUGUUUUCAAUACAAUUUUGUUCUUAAGGUGCAGAAGAGGAGAAUACUUCAGAGAUGCAACUCUUUUAUUUUUAUGCUUUUCUGGCAGUGAAGCUGUUGGUCAUCAUAGUGCUUGGAGGCCUCACAAUCAGUUCUUAAAGAUGUAAUUUGGACAAUUUAAAGGUUAAAUAAAAAAAUGUUAAGUGGUUAAUCAAUUCAUUAAUGGAAAAAAGCCCAACAUAUUGUAUGGUCAUUAUGUUAGUCAUUAAUUAGAACUCCUUUCUAGGGAGUUUUUCCUAGCCACCGUGCUUCUACACCUGCAUUGCUUGCUGUUUGGGGUUUUAGGCUGGGUUUCUGUACAGCACUUUGAGAUAUCAGCUGAUGUACGAAGGGCUAUAUACAUACAUUUGAUUUGAUUUUGAUUUAGUUUGUACUUUUAGUAUUGCACUGAAUUUGAAUUUCACAGACCACUUCCAUUCAUAGUGUGGGAGGAAAUGUAAAUAUUUGGGUGUAGGGUGAUAAAAGAGCAGUUUAGACUAGUUAGCUGUAGGCCUAGUCCAUCAUAAAAUGCCAAGAAUAUGAAUGAAGGCGUUUCACUUUCAAACGCUUAUGCCAGAUUGACCAUGUGUAGCCUAGCCCCUAUACAGUAGAAAUAGUUAUCUCGUAAAAACCACUAAGCGUAAAAUGCUCAUGUAGCGGAAGAAUUGCGGCUUUCAACCCGACAUAAAAACCCAAAUGUAGGCCUCACACACAAAACAGUAAGGUUCAGUCAUAUGACUGACUCACAGUAAGAUCUUUGGUCGUAAAUUAAGUGGGCAGAGCAUAGAAGUCUUACACAUCAUAGAUUCCUGCCUGAACUGGAAAAAGUCCUAACUCCUGUGUAUUGAAGCAUAUUCCAUUUAAAAUCGGAGUGCAGCAUAAACAUAAAAGUGAAAGGAAUGUAAAACGCAACUUUUUAUUUUGCAACAAACAAAUGUAGCGGGCACUCAAACCGGUUUCACGUGGAGGAAUGUUUGUGUUUUACACUUCGUGUCGUUAGUGAGAAUAUACAUCAUGGACACUCUACAGGAGAACGGGCUACCGCACUCAUCUGCACUCGAUAUUCCCAGUCGUGAAAGUACCGCCGAAGAACUCGAGGUAUGUGGGACUCCCCUUAUUAAAACAAUGGGCAAUAAUGGAACAACAGAAAGAAGUUCACCUGCCAAUCAUGUCACGGCGGAGUUUGGCAACCAGCAGUUGUACCAAGUACCAUUGGUAAACGCUCCUGCUCCUUCCACGACACCUCUCGUGUUACCUGGCGUUAUGGACGUAGAAGGGAGAGUGGACGAGUCCACGCUGCGGAUGCACAUUUUCAAGAAUGGUGGUAUGUCCCCUUCGGGGCGUGGCCAGGUUUGGCGUUUCCUGUUUGGGAUGUACCCCUGCAGCUCCACCUCUCUGGAGCGCCCCCUACUGCAGGAGCAGCUCAACGUCCGCUACCACUCCAUGAAGAGGAAGUGGCAGCAGCUUUUUCCUGCCGCCGUCCGACUGCGUAUAAAUGGCACCGAUGCUGAGUUGGUGGCAGCGGUGCGGUACUACGAUGUGAGGCAGGACAGGGUCCAGCUGCAGGCUCCGAACCAGAGUGAUGAGGUCAGGGAGAGGCUGUCCUUCCUGGAGCUACAGGCCCAGGUGUUGUUUGAGCGGGUGACCUUUGAUCUGGAGGAGCUCCAAGAGGCCAUCCGAAUCAUCUACAAGGACGUGCCUCGGACAGACCGAGACCUACCCUACUACUUGGGUGAGGGCUUGGGCAACCUACUGGUGUUGAGGGAUAUUCUCAUCACAUAUGCUGCUUUUCACCCAGGUAAUCUCUCUCCUGUUGUCUCUCUUUCUCUUCAGUCAUUUUUUUCUUUCUUUUCUCUCUCUCUGUUUAUCUUUGAUCCUGCCUAUCUCAGUUUUUAGUGCUGCAAAUA